AUGGGUCAAACUAUCUCAACCCCGUUAUCUUUGACUGAGGACCAUUGGACAGACGUUAGGGCAAGAGGACAAAACUUAUCAGUAGUAGUUAAAAAGAAACCCUGGCAGUCUUACUGCACCUCGGUAUGGCCCACCUUCGGAGUGGGUUGGCCUCAAGAAGGGACGUUUCACCUCCCCACCAUUAGGGCCUUAAAAGCCGUUGUUUUUCAGGAAGGCUCCGGAUCAUUUCCAGAUCAGCAGCCAUAUAUUACAGUGUGGGAAGAUUUAGCACGAUUCCCGCCUGCCUGGGUUCGCCCAUUUCUUCCACCCCUAUGUCUAGGUACCAAGGUUCUGACGGUUCGAGAGAAUGCUGAGAAGGAGAAAUUAAAAAUACUACCUGAAGGAGUCAGCGAGAAAUCCACCCCACCGCAACCAGCAGCUGUUUCUAAAAUCUAUCCGGAGAUAGAGGAACCUCCGGAAUGGUCCGACUCUCUACCACCGCCUUAUCCCCUAGUCCUCCAACCUGCACCCUUUUUCAGCUCCGCAGCCCAGCCCUCGGCUCUGGCAGCUCCACCUUUGGGUCUAGGGAGUGGGGAGGGGGGUCCCUCAGCAGGAACGAGAAGCCGGCGGGGAGUGCUCUCAGAGGGGCCAGCCGAUUCUACGAUGGCGCUUCCACUUAUAGUUGUUGGAGCUCCCCCUACCGGCCAGAAUGACCUACAGCUUCUGCAAUAUUGGCCGUUUUCGUCUUCUGACCUUUAUAACUGGAAAGUAAACCAUCCUUCUUUCUCAGAUAAUCCUACAGUACUUACAGGGUUGAUAGAGUCUCUGAUGUACUCACACCAGCCCACCUGGGAUGACUGCCAACAGCUCCUACAAACCCUGUUUACCACCGAGGAGAGAGAGAGAAGCCGGACACGGCUGUCCAAUUACCGACGGGCACUAGUCGCGGGUCUCAGAGGGGCUGCUCGUAAGCCCACAAAUUUGGCUAAGGUAAGAGAAGUUAUGCAGGGGCCAGCUGAGCCUCCCUCAGUCUUUUUAGAGAGACUCAUGGAGGCUUAUAGGAGGUAUACCCCGUUUGACCCUACGUCAGAGGGACAGCGGGCUUCAGUGAUUAUGGCCUACAUAGGGCAGUCAGCUCCUGAUAUUAGAANGAAGCUGCAGCGGAUUGAAGGAUUGCAAGAUUAUACUAUAAGGGAUGUGGUUAGAGAGGCUGAGAAAGUGUAUCACAAGAGAGAAACAGAAGAGGAAAAAUUAGAGAGAGAAAAGAAAGAGAGAAGAGAAGAUGAAGAUAAGAGAGACAGGAGACAGGAGAAAGCUCUGACUCGAAUUCUGGCCACAGUGGUAGAUAGAGAAAGGAAUAGGACUAGACAGACAGGGGACCUGAGAGAUGAAAAAAGGCAGGGGCCAAGGAGACCCAGAAGAGACGGACCACGCCUAGAAAAAGAUCAGUGCGCAUACUGCAAGGAGAAAGGCCACUGGGCCAGCGAGUGUCCAAAAAAGAAGCAAGGGACACAAGUAUUGUCUCUAGGAGAAGGUCAAGACUAGGGGAGAUGGGGCUUGGUCCCCCUCCCCGAGCCUAGGGUAACCCUAGAAGUGGAGGGGACCCCUAUAAAUUUCCUGGUAGAUACGGGCGCAGAAUUAUCAGUGCUUAAAACCCCGCUAGUAAAAUUAAGAGAGAAUGAGAAAACCUUAGUAAUUGGAGCCACAGGACAAAAGUCAUACCCAUGGACUACGGCCAGGACAGUAGACCUAGGACGGAAUCAGGUGACUCACUCGUUCCUGGUCAUUCCGGAAUGUCCUAUGCCCCUGCUAGGAAGAGACUUAUUGACUAAAUUGAAGGCACAAAUAACCUUUUCCCCUCCUGGGCCGAUAGUAUCAUGGGGAAUAGAACAGCCUCAGACUUUAGCACUAUCUCUGCAACUGGGAGAAGAAUACCAGAUUUAUCAAAGCGAGUCAAAGCCCCCUGAGGGGCUACAGGACUGGCUUGAUCAAUUUCCCCAGGCAUGGGCCGAGACAGGAGGAAUGGGAUUGGCAAGGCAAGUUCCCCCAGUAGUGAUCGAGCUCAAGUAG